AUGAAUGACACAUUGGAAAGGCAACAAUCAGAGUUUGAUGUGCUAUUCCUGCGCCAGCAAGGCGUCAAGUUCCCGAAAUGGCACCUCACAGCGCCCAUCCGACGAGACACCCGCGUCCGCCUCUCCUACGGCGCUUCUGUGUCGGCCUCUGACCUGAUUGGCAAGCACAUCCUGGAGCGCACAGUCGACGACAAGGGCAAUGCCGUCGCCAUUUACGAGCCUACCCUCGCAAGCUACAUUGUUAAUAGCGACAGAGUAGCGACGCCGAUUUACCCUAGUGACGCGGCAACCAUUGUGUCGCUGCUCGACCUCCACCCGGUCCGCCCUGGCGAGGAGGAGACCGACAACGACGAGGGCAAGCCCGACGACGGCCCGUUUGAGGUCUUCGAGGCCGGCACCGGCAUGGGCAGUCUGAGCCUGCACAUUGCGCGCGCCCUGCACGCCGCCAACCCGCCCGUGCCGGCGCCCGUGCGGCACAUGCUCCGCGCCGCGCCGCUCGCGCGCAACGUCGACGCAUCCGCCGGCGGUAUGCUCGAGCUCUCCGCCGACGAGGCCGCCCAGCUCGCCGCCUACAAGGCCUCGCGGCGCGCCGUGCUCAAGACGCUCGACCGCAGCGGCAAGCACACGCGCGCCGCCUACAAGCUCGUCCGCGGCUUCCGCCGCGCCCAGUACCUCGCCGACAUUGACUUUCACGUCGGCGCCGUCGGCGACUACGUGACCGCUCGGCUCGCGGCCUCGGGCGGACGGCCCGUAUUUGCCCGCGCCGUGCUCGAUCUGCCCGCCGCGCACGAGCACACCGGCGGCGCCGCCGGGGCGCUCGUCCCCGCGCUGCACGACAAUGCCGUGCUCGUGCUCUUUUACCCGUCCAUCUCCCAGGUUGCCGAGUUUCAAGCCUGGGCGCUCGAGAGCGGCGCCCCGCUGCGGUUGGAAAAGGUCCUCGAGAUGCCCACGACGUCCACCGCCGACGGCGUGCGCGACGGCGGCUGCGGCGGCAGGCAUUGGGACGUCAAGAUUCUCAAACCCAAGCUGGCCCCGGCCGAGGAGGAGAAGGGCGCGGGCGAGGAUACGGCGUGCAAUGGGCCCGCGACGGAGACUGAGCCCGUCGUCGUCAUGCGACCCAAGGUCGGCGGGCGCGUCGCAGGUGGUGGCUUCGUUGCCGUCUAUCGCAAGUGGCCCGCUGGAACAAAUCGCCAACAGCCCGAGGAGCCUGACGCGGAUUCAGAAGUAGAAGCAUAG